AUGAAAUUGCUUGCAUUGCAUUUGUUAUUCCUGGGCUUUAUUUGCCUGGCUCGCAGCCAGGAUAACGACGAGAAUGUCAGAAGGAUAAUGAAGGAAAUGGAGGUGAUCCCCGAAAUUUUGGACGAGCCUCCUAGGGAGUUACUCAGGAUCAAGUACGACAACACCAUUGACAUCGAGGAGGGCAAGACCUAUACUCCGACGGAGCUCAAGUUCCAGCCGAGACUCGACUGGAACGCGGAUCCUGAGUCCUUCUACACCGUGCUCAUGAUCUGUCCCGAUGCUCCGAACCGAGAGAAUCCCAUGUACCGUUCCUGGCUCCAUUGGCUGGUGGUCAAUGUUCCCGGAUUGGAUAUAAUGAAGGGGCAGCCGAUUUCGGAGUACUUCGGUCCCCUGCCUCCAAAGGAUAGUGGCAUUCAGCGGUAUCUUAUUCUGGUGUAUCAGCAAUCCGAUAAGCUGGACUUCGACGAGAAGAAAAUGGAGCUUAGCAAUGCCGAUGGUCAUAGCAAUUUUGACGUGAUGAAGUUCACCCAGAAAUACGAGAUGGGCUCUCCAGUGGCGGGUAAUAUAUUCCAGUCCAGGUGGGAUGAAUAUGUGCCCGAGUUGAUGAAGACGCUCUAUGGUGUCAGUGAGUAGUGAAUGGAAGGAUUGCAAAUGUAAUGGGUACGGACUUCGAGCGGCUGAUUUGUUCCUUGGUUGAGUAUUUAGUUAAAUCUUACCUUAUCUGAGUAUUAAAGAUAUUUAGCUAGU